AUGGAAGAUUAUAUUACUUAAGUUAAAUAAAGACCUUUAAAAAAUGUAAUAAAAAUAUAAAAAUAAAAUAUUGAAAUGAGAUUAACUCACAUACAAGACAAUGAGAAACUAUUUUCAAUAGUAAUGAAGAAUUAGUAAUAUUUGAGCAAAACAUUACCCUGGGCUAAGAAUUAUAAAUCAAUAGAUGAUGCCACAACAUUUUUAAAUCUUAUGCAGAAAGCACAUGAAAAUUAUGAUUAAAUAACAUACCUUAUUUGGGAUAAAAAUGAAAUUAUAGGUUCAAUUGGUUACAUAUUAAGGCUCGAGAAUAAAGAAGCAGAUAUUGGCUACUGGUUGGAUUAAGAUCAAUGUGGUAAAGGAAUUAUGACUGAUUGCGCUUAGAGUUUGAUUGAUUAUGGAUUUGAAGAUUUAAAACUAGAAACUGUGUUUAUCAAAUGUAUUAUUUCUAACACAAAAAGUGCAAAUAUUGCUAUUAGACUAGGAUUUGAAGAAGUGGAGUAGUAAAAGAAUGCAAUUUAAAUUGAAAAUGAAUGGUAUGAUUUUAGAGUAUUUCAAUUAACUAAAGAUAAAUAUUUAAAUGCUAAAUAGCUAACAUAAUUGUGA